CCGCCGCCGCCGCCGCAGUCCGCUCCCGAUCCCUGUCCUCCUCCGAUCCAAUCUCGCCCGCACGCCGCGCCCCCCGCAUGCCGCCGCCGCCGUCCGCGCCCGCCCUCGCAAUCGCCAACCCCCGCGCCCCGCCCUUCCCCUCGCCGCCUCGCGCCGCCGCAGCGCUCGCCCUCACAUCCGCUCGCCAAUCGCUUCCUCAGCUCCUCGCUCUCGCCCAGCGGACGCCGCUCGUCGCCAUCCUCGCCGCGUCCGACUCCGGCCUCCCCGACGAGUGCGGAUCACCGGCUUUCUGCUGCUGCACCGUCGACACAUUGUGCCCUCGCGCCGCCGGGCGGAACGACAGGCGCGGAGGCUUCUCCUCCCUGCGGCAGCAACACUGGUCGCGUUCCACCAACAACGACAACAGCCGCAUCCAUUCCCCGGUUGCAGCAUUUGGACUUCUCCGCAAGCAAGUUCGGCUCCGUGCAGGCCUUGAGGUAAUCACUUGCAAUCUUCGUUCAUUCCAUUCGACCAAUCCGCAAUUUAUAAUCCAAUUCACAUCGAUCGACAUAGGAUUGAAUGACCAUGUGAAUAGUUUUCCCUUUCCGAUCUCUCGUGGUGUCGUGAAUAAAAAUAUAUUUUAUGAAAAUUGCUGGCUCUGGCUGGAAUCCCAAUAGUUGCUUCACUUUGCAGCCGCUUCUGUGGCUCUCUUCUUUUCUAAGUGUGCUUUUGUUCCAUUGUCACAUUUGGGUGGAAUUUGGUACAGAUUGUCACAUUUGGGUGGAAUUUGGUCCAGAUUACCGAGGUUACUUCCUUACGGUCCUUUACCAUUGUGUAAACAACAGACUAUUUCUUCAUCAACUGACAGCUAAUACAUGUUCUUCACUAUUUUAGAUAUCCCUUUUCCUGCCCCUGUAAUAGGAGCAUGAUGAUCAUUCUUCAUAUGGAUAGAGGACCUAUAUACACUAAAAUUGGGUCAGAUUGUUCUAUUUCCUUGAACAAAAUGAACAGAUGUCGUGAUUGGAAAAAUCAGUGCUAGGAACUGAAUGGCAGCUAAUUUGGCCAACUGAUGGUUGUGCCAUGGUGCUCCCAUUUGCAGCAAUCCGUCGUGUGUUUUGUCCUGCCCAAAAAGUUGUGGGGACAUUUCCAUCUUCAUGUUGCUGAGAGAGACAUACUUCGUAACACCGUCAAGAUAGAUACUUGGCAAGAAGCUUUUGGUGGUGCACAUGCAAGAUAUUGACAAUACUUUGCAUCAUACCUGAAGCUCUUGCAUCAUGGAUUCAUGGUGAACAGCGUGAGAUGGGGGGAUACUUUUUAAUGAUCUUAAUGACUAUGAUCAGAAAGCUCUCCUUCUGUUUGCUGCAGGUCUGAUUGUCUCCUUCUCACACAGUGCAGCUUCCCUGUUAUGAUGCAGUGGCAGCUCGGUAGCAGCACAGAGCUCACAUGGCGUUUAUAAAAACUGAGGUUUGCUUCCACAACAUUUAAUACUGGAUGCAAUUUGGAUAAGUGAUUCACUCUUCCCAAAUUCCCAUGUGUUCAUUCCCUUUGGCCAGGAGCAAUCAUGCAUGAAGUUGCAAUGAUAUGAAUAAAAUAUUUUUAGGUGCUAUUUGUACUCCUCCAUGGUGUAUCUGAGCAGCUAUUUUUCAAUUUAGGUCACAUUGUUCCUGGUCCAAUUGAUGGUUGUAAGGCUAGACAAUAAGGCUUUCGUUGUCUAAGAGAGCAGUUCCUAGCUUCAGAAUUCAGCGUGCUUUUUUCUUCCAGUAUGGCUUUUUGCACAGUAUGACUUCCAGUCAUGUGCUGUUUUGUCUUGCUAGGGGUUGUAUAUCUUAUAGACGCUAUUGAGAUGGAGUUGCUUAAGCUGCACUCUCGAAAGGAUGUAUACUGUAUUACUGUUUAUUAUACAUUUGGUUGUUAUGAUUUAUGGAUACACGAGAUUUGAUUAAAUAUUUCCAGAUUGAGAUAAAACUGUGCAAGUUGGGGCAUGCCAUGUUGAAAAUAUUGAUAGUUUUAGUUUAUCAUGGUGAAAUCCUAACUGUUCUCCACAAUGUUAUGUCGAUAUUGGAUUACAUAUUUAUCAAAUGACUUAAGCAAGCUUGGAACAUUGUAUUCUAUAUAAAUAGUAGUAUUAGGAGUAUGAAUUUUUUAACUCCCGUAGCAACGUACGGGCAUACACCUAGUCAGGAAAAAAACUAAGAAAAAGAAAGAAAGAUGCACAAGAGAAAGGCCCACAAAGCUCCCUUGCUCAAACUUUGGGCCCAUAGGCCCCCAGUUUGGCCCAUGCAAGGACCAAUUGCGUCUCUCUCUCUCUCUCUCUCGAACUGGGCGGCUCUGCUGGAACCGGAGUGUCAGACUGGAAUUCCGUCAGACUGGGGCGUUGAACUGAACAGCAGGAGCCGCCGCCGGAAAAAUCCGCCGCGCCGGCGAAUGGCCUCCGACUCCUCCCCGCCGGCGGAGGAGGCGUCGGCGCAGGCUCCUGGAGAUAAGCUGGCGGUGUUCUGGCACGAGGGCAUGCUGGCCCACGACGCCGGCCGCGGCGUCUUCGACUCGGGUCGCGACCCGGGCUUCCUGGACGUGCUCGACCAGCACCCGGAGAACGCCGACCGCGUCCGCAACAUGGUCUCCAUCCUCCGCCGCGGGCCCGUCGCGCCCUUCCUCUCCUGGCACUCCGGCCUCCCCGCCCACGCCUCCGAGCUCCUCUCCUUCCACUCCCCAGAAUACAUAGAGGAGCUCGUGCAGUUGAACGCCACCGGAGCCAAGAAGCUCUGCGAGGGCACGUUCCUGAACCCCGGCUCCUGGGGCGCUGCGCUUCUGGCGGCCGGAACCACGCUCUCCGCGGCGAAGCACAUACUUGACGGGCGCGGGAACCUGGCCUACGCGCUGGUCCGCCCCCCUGGCCAUCACGCGCAGCCCGGCCGUGCAGACGGCUACUGCUUUCUGAACAAUGCCGGGCUUGCCGUGCACCUGGCUCUGGAUAGCGGGCGCCCAAAGGUUGCGGUCGUUGAUAUUGAUGUGCACUAUGGGAAUGGUACAGCGGAGGGAUUCUACCGCACGGACAACGUUCUGACGAUUUCGCUGCACAUGAGGCAUGGGUCAUGGGGUCCAUCGCAUCCGCAGAGUGGCUCCGUCGAUGAGAUUGGUGAAGGCAAGGGGCUUGGGUACAAUCUCAAUAUACCUUUGCCGAAUGGAAGCGGAGAUGCUGGGUAUGAAUAUGCGAUGAACGAGUUGGUUGUUCCAGCUAUUGAUAAGUUUCAGCCUCAAUUUUUGGUUUUUGUGGUUGGUCAAGAUUCUAGUGCGUUUGAUCCCAAUGGAAGGCAGUGCUUGACCAUGGAAGGCUAUAGGAAAAUUGGGCAAAUAAUGAGGGGCGUGGCUAAUCGGCAUAGCAAUGGGCAGAUAUUGAUUGUCCAGGAAGGGGGUUACCACAUCACUUACUCAGCAUAUUGUCUGCACGCAACACUGGAAGGUGUUCUGGAUCUGGAAGCCCCACUGUUGGAUGACCCGAUCGCUUACUAUCCAGAGGAUGAGAGAUAUACUAUGAAAAUCGUUGACAUGAUCAAGAAUUCCUGGAAAGAAUGCGUCCCUUUCCUGAAGGACAUCUAGCAAGCACGUUUUAGUCGCCCUCAAUUUCAAAUCAUUUACGCUCCAAGUUCAUUCUAUUGGACCUGGAAUGAUAUUGCACAUUUAUAGGCUUUCUAUUUAAGAACCCCUGAUUCCGAUGCAGUGUUGUACACCAUGGCCUGCAAAGUUCAGUAUUGUUUGCUGCUGCUGUUCAGUUUCAGAACAUCAGGAUCUCGCUAGCCUGUUCAUAGGCAGCCAAUCAUUUCCCAGGAAGCUCUUGUGGUGGCGGUAGAAGGCAUGCGGUGCUUGAGACUGACAGUGGGCCGUGCCGCCAUGGUACCAGUGGCCCAAUCUUGAUUGUGAUUGGCUAGUCCAAGUAAAAGGUACCGCUCCUGCUCGCUACCAGAAAUCCAGAAUCGGAAUGUGCUUUUCAAUCUGGCUGAGCUGAUGGUCCAAAUCGCCGCAUGCCAUGGCCAAUCGUAUCUGUUAUUCUGUUCCAAGGAAGAGCUGAACCUUGGUGUCAAAAGAACCGGAUCCUUUCUGGAAACGACGGGCAGGAAGGAACGGACCUCCUUAUUUGGCUGGUGGCCGACGUCUUUGCUCGCCGCAUCGCAUCAGGUUCCACCUGGACUGCAUAUGCUUCGCUUUCCCUUUUUACGUCGGUUAGGUUUUGCAGCAAUCAUAUGCCGGAGUCAAUCUCAGGUAGUCAGUCUAUCAUCAGUCCCAGUGUUUUCAGUGAUUUUUAUGUGGUGACCCUUAUUGGAUGUGGAGCAUAGCUGCUCUUCUUUUGGAGGAA